AUGGCAUUCGUACAGGCCCUCCUCACCGACCCCGGCAUUCCCCUCAAGGACAGGCAGGAUGCCCUUCACCGUGUUCUCGCCGAUCCAGGAAUACCAGGGCCACUCGGCGAGAGCACUUCAUCGUUUUGGCUGAAAGAUCCACACCCGGAGCUGGCCAGUAUGCAAUCACGGGAAUUACCUCAAGAGGCUGAUGUUGUAAUUAUUGGUUCCGGCAUUACAGGUGCUUCAAUUGCACGCACCCUGUUGGAGGAAAAUGAUCAGCUUGCAGUGAUCAAUACGAGACCCGCAGUUGUCAUGCUGGAGGCACGAGACACUUGCACUGGCGCGACGGGUCGCAAUGGAGGCCAUAUUCUGGAGACAGCUGAAGAGUUUACUGACUGGGAAGCCCUCUAUGGGCUGGAAGCGGCAAAGGCAUUGACACGGUUCCGGCUGGCCCAUCUGAAGUCGAUAUUGCAGGUAGCGGACAAGUAUGGAUUGACAAAAGAAACCCAGGCUCGAAAGGUCGAGUUUCUCAGUGUGCACUUCGACGAGGAAAGAUGGCGUCAAGCAGUGCAAUGUAUCACACGGUUCAAAACAUGUAUGCCUGCAGAAUCAGCCGAGUGGAAACUUCUUGACAAGAGCGAGGUCCCCAAGGUUUGUUACUUCCAUAUACUGCUACAAUACUGCUUGGAGGUUGACAAUAGAUCUCAGGAAUGGUGCCUCCCUCAUGCCAUUGGGGUUGUCGCAGGACCAGCCGGAGCCCUAUGGCCUUAUAAACUGGUCACCGGGUUGUUAGAAAGGUUGCGACAAAAGCAUCCAGCAAACUUCCUACUCGAAACCAACACACCAGCGACCAAAGUCUCGACCGAUGGCACCUCACCUUUGCGGUAUACCGUAGAGACACCGAGAGGAACCCUGCAUGCUCGACAUGUUAUCCACUGUACGAAUGCUCAUGUUGGACAUCUUGUCCCCGAGCUAAGGGGCCACGUUUACCCAGUUCGAGGGCAAAUGUCUGCCCAAAACCCGGGCUCCACUUUUAUCUGUCAAGCUACAGAACAUUCGUGGCUCUUUAACUACGACCGUGGUUUCGACUACCUGACACAAUUACCCCCUGGAGGAGACUCAGGUAAAAAGAUGAUGCUGGGUGGUGGCUUUGCUCAAGGUCGCAACGGUGGGCUUGGCGAUUUGGGUAUCGCAACUGACUCAGAGCUGAGCCUGCCUUGUGAUAUUCACCUGUCCGGUGCGUUGAGUGCGGUGUUCGGCCAUGAAAAUUGGGGUCAGGUUGACGGUCCUUGCGUGGAGCAGAUGUGGACGGGAAACAUGGGAUUUAGUAGCGAUGGCCUUCCAUGGGUUGGACAGCUACCUUCGUCUGUGGGUUAUAGUGCAGAAGCAACAAAGGAGAGUGGUGCUCAGUGGGCCUGCUGCGGAUUUAGUGGAGAAGGUAUGGUGCAAGCCUGGCUAAGUGGAACAGCAGUGGCACAGAUGUUGUUGGCCAGCGGCCGAACGCACCAUGUGAGAUCUGAUUAUCUGUCUUGGUUCCCAGAGCAGAUGCUGCUAACUGAAGAGAGACUGAAGAAAGCAGGGCUGACACGAGCCGUCGGUGACCGGGCCUCAAAUCUGUAA